AUGCUGCGGAUCGUGAGCCAGAGCCACGUCAGCCCCACCAUUGGCGUUAGCGAUAGUUCGCUCAAAUUCACUCAUGUCCUUUGCAACCUCUCGCCGGCCGAGCUAUACGAGCAGGCCAUUAAGUACGAGAAAGGAUCCUUCAUUACUUCCAGCGGCGCCAUAGCCACACUUUCCGGCGCCAAGAGCGGCCGUUCCGCAAAGGACAAACGCAUCGUGAGAGAUGAAACGACUGAGGAUGAUCUUUGGUGGGGAAAGUAUGUGCACACUCUCUCAAUGCAAAUAUUGAGAUGGAAGAGCACACUUUCAUGGUUAACAUAG